AGAGGGCCAAGCGGCGGCAGCGGGGUCCUGUACUCUCGCUGUGGCUGGGCGGCUAGUUCAAGUUGCCAUAGCUGCGAGUCUGGGGAGAGCAGAGUCGGUUGAGUCGCUGCGUUUGGUCAGUUGCACCUUCUGGGUCACUGGUAGCCGCGGGAGCUGGGUGGGGCCUAGGCGAUGAUCCGGCAUUAAGGAGCGGGGAUCAUCCUCCGUCUCAGGUGGUUUGGGGAAAGUGUAGGGGCAACCAAAGAUCAUCUGCUUGACUAGGCCCUUUGCCCUGAACCUCAUGAAGAAAUGAUAGGAGGCAGACAUAUGUGCCUAAAAAGAGCGUUGAGCUCAGAGAAGAGCAACUCGGAGUUUUGGGGGUGUGCUUCGUUCUGAUUAUGUGGUGUGAGCCUCUUGCCAACUUCAGCGGCCACUCCAUUCUCAUCUGUUUCUCCCUCCAUCAGUCCUGUGUCUGGGGCGUAGUGGUGUUGGCUGAUGAUAGAUUGGAGAUUCUUGGAGUUCCAUUAGAUGCAGGAGUCUGAACAUCUUUUAUUGCUCACAGUAACUUAACUUUAUAGCUGAAGUCUUUGUGUGUGUGUACUAGUGAAACUCAUGCCGGAACGUGUGAUUCUGUCUUAGUAAAAGUAUGUAAUCCUAGUGGUGGAUUUGUGUACUUCAAUGGCAGAAUCAUCCAGCGAAUCAGAUCACUUCCGCUGUCGUGACCGAUUGAGUCCAUGGGCUGCCAGAUCAACGCACAGGGGAACUCGAAGUCUUCCUACAGUAGAAGUUACCGAGAAGGUCAACACUAUAACAAGUACUUUACAGGAUACCAGUCGGAACCUGCGACAAGUGGACCAGAUGCUUGGACGAUACCGAGAAUACAGUAAUGGACAGGCGGGUGCGAUAGAACAUUUAAAAGAAAGCUUGGAACAAUCAAUCGACCAACUCCGGAGUCAACGUUUAUUGAGAAACUCAGGAGGGAGAAGUAUUUCUGUUACAAGUUUGAGUGCAAGUGACCUUGAUGGUGGCACUGGGUCAGAGAUCCAUCGUUUUCCACCUACCUCACCUCUCAAGGACUAUGGGGAUCCACAGGGUAUUAAACGAAUGAGAUCAAGAACUGGUGUCCGGUUUGUUCAAGAGACUGAUGAUAUGACUCAGCUUCAUGGUUUUCAUCAGUCUCUUCGAGACCUCAGCAGUGAACAAAUUCGUCUUGGAGAUGAUUUCAACAGGGAGCUUUCCAGAAGGAGCCGGUCAGAUGCCGAAACAAAAAGGGCUUUGGAAGAAUUGACUGAAAAACUUAAUGAAGCCCAGAAACAAGAAGUGGUUUCAGAUCGGGUGGAGCGGCGGCUUCAGGAACUAGAGAGAGAGAUGCGCACAGAAAGGGAGCUCGUGGAAAGACGCCAGGGUCAACUGGGACUCAUGUCCCUGCAGCUACAGGAGGCACUAAAGAAACAAGAAGCUAAAGCAGAUGAGCAUGAGGGGGCAAUAAAAAAUAAGUUAAGACAAACUGAAACUGAGAAGAAUCAACUUGAACAGGAAUUGGAGCUAUCUCGAAGGUUAUUGAAUCAAUCAGAAGGCAGCCGAGAAACACUUUUGCAUCAGGUAGAAGAACUGCGUACACAACUUACGAAAGCAGAAGGUGAUCGACAGGGUUUACAGCAUCAAGUAUCUCAGAUUUCCAAGCAACAGUCAAGCUAUCAGGAUGAACAAGGGGAGGACUGGAGAUUUAGGAGAGGGGUUGAGCGGGAAAAACAGGACCUGGAGAAGCAAAUGUCAGAUUUGAGAGUGCAGCUGAACUUCAGUGCAAUGGCAUCUGAGUUAGAGGAAGUGAAACGGUGCAUGGAGAGAAAAGACAAGGAGAAAGCACAUUUGGCAUCACAAGUAGAGAAUUUAACACGUGAACUGGAGAAUGGGGAAAAACAGCAACUGCAGAUGUUGGAUCGACUUAAGGAGAUCCAGAAUCACUUUGACACAUGUGAGGCCGAGCGUAAGCAUGCUGACCUUCAGAUCUCAGAGCUGACUCGCCAUGCGGAGGAUGCAACCAAGCAGGCUGAGCGGUACCUCAGUGAGCUCCAGCAGUCAGAGGCUCUGAAAGAGGAGGCGGAGAAGAGGAGGGAAGACCUGAAACUGAAAGCUCAAGAAUCCAUUAGGCAGUGGAAGCUUAAGCAUAAGAAGUUAGAGCGAGCGUUGGAGAAACAAUCUGAAACUGUUGAUGAACUGACAGGCAAGAAUAAUCAGAUUUUAAAAGAAAAGGAUGAAUUGAAAACCCAGCUGUAUGCAGCAUUACAACAAAUAGAGAAUCUUCGAAAGGAAUUGAAUGAUGUCCUAACAAAGCGUGCCCUUCAGGAGGAGGAGCUUCAUUCCAAGGAGGAGAAAUUACGUGAUAUUAAGUCUCAUCAAGCUGACCUUGAAUUGGAAGUUAAGAAUUCCCUGGAUACCGUCCAUAGACUGGAAGGCGAAUUGAAAAAGCAGAGUAAGAUCCAAAGCCAGAUGAAAGUUGAGAAAGCUCACUUGGAGGAAGAAAUUGCAGAGCUCAAGAAGAGCCAGGCCCAGGACAAAGCUAAACUUCUUGAGAUGCAAGAGUCCAUCAAGGACCUGAGUGCCAUCCGAGCAGAUCUUGCUAAUAAAUUGGCCGAGGAAGAGAGAGCCAAGAAAGCAGUGCUUAAGGACCUUUCUCACCUCACUGCACAGGCAAAAUCCAGGGAUGAAGAAACAGCUACAAUCAUCACACAGUUAAAGCUGGAACGAGAUGUGCACCAGAGGGAGCUGAAAGAUCUCACAUCAUCAUUGCAGAGUGUGAAAACAAAACAUGAACAGAAUAUCCAGGAGCUUAUGAAGCACUUUAAGAAAGAAAAGAGUGAGGCUGAGAAUCAUAUCAGGACUCUGAAGGCUGAAAGUUUAGAAGAGAAGAAUAUGGCUAAAGUUCAUCGUGGUCAGCUGGAGAAGUUGAAAUCACAGUGUGACAGACUGACAGAGGAAUUAACCCAGAAUGAAAAUGAGAACAAAAAACUGAAGCUAAAAUAUCAAUGUUUGAAGGAUCAACUAGAAGAAAGGGAAAAACAUAUAAGCAUUGAAGAGGAGCACUUAAGGAGGAUCGAAGAGGCCAGAUUGCAGCUCAAGGAUCAACUUCUUUGCUUGGAGACUGAACAGGAAUCCAUUCUUGGUGUGAUAGGAAAGGAAAUUGAUGCAGCUUGUAAAACAUUCUCCAAGGACUCAGUGGAGAAAUUAAAAGUUUUUUCAUCUGUUCCUGAUAUACAUUAUGACCCACAUCGCUGGUUAGCAGAAAGCAAGACUAAACUUCAGUGGCUCUGUGAGGAACUGAAAGAGAGAGAAAACAGAGAGAAAAAUCUGCGACACCAGCUGAUGCUCUGCAGACAACAACUCAGGAAUUUGACUGAAAACAAGGAAUCUGAGUUGCAGUGUCUCUUUCAACAGAUAGAAAGGCAGGAGCAGCUUCUGGAUGAAAUACAUCGUGAGAAGAGAGAUCUACUGGAAGAGACCCAAAGAAAAGAUGAAGAAAUGGGAUCUCUGCAGGACCGUGUAAUUGCAUUAGAAACGAGUACCCGAGUGGCCUUGGACCAUCUGGAGUCUGUGCCUGAGAAACUGAGCCUACUAGAAGAUUUCAAAGACUUCAGAGAUUCCUGCAGUUCAUCUGAGAGAACUGAUGGAAGAUAUUCCAAAUACAGGGUUCGCAGAAAUUCUCUUCAGCAUCACCAAGAUGACACCAAGUACAGAACCAAAAGUUUCAAAGGUGACAGAACCUUUCUGGAAGGUUCCCACACUCAUGGGUUAGAUCACUCAUCCUCUUGGCAGGAUCACAGUCGCUUCCUGUCUAGUCCAAGAUUUUCAUACAUGAACUCAUUUACCAAAAGAACUGUUGCUCCAGAUUCAGCUUCAAACAAGGAAGAUGCCACAAUGAAUGGAACAAGUUCACAACCCAAAAAAGAGGAAUAUGAGAGCUAAAAAAGCAAAUGUAAUCUGUUAUUUUACAUGAGUGUGUUACAAAUAAUAACAUCUCUAUUCUUACAGCAAUUUGGCCCAGAUUAUCUAACAGACAUACCUGCAGCUUUGGCUCUUUGGUAUUGCCAAACAUUGACAAAAGUGACAAUACUGUUGGUCCUUGUGAAUGGUAAACCAAUCCAAAUAAUAUCAGCUCAUGAAUGAUGUGCAGCUAAUUUAUUUGCAACUUAUACUAGCACAGAAAGAAUGAUAUUUUUUCACUUUGUAUUUUCCUUUUUCAAGUGUGGUCAGUCACAUUUUCCCAACCAAAAUUUGGAUUUCUAAUUGAGGCCUUUUAAAAAUUACUGGCUAAAAAGAAGGAAAAUGAGUUUCCCUUGAGGCAAAAGUUGCCAGCACUUUAGAUUCAGGGAGCAUUUAUAUACAACUGAUUUUUUAAAAAAUGCUUUCUCCCUAAUAAAUUAUCAUGUGUUAUAACAUGUCGUAGAGAUGUGCAUAUAUAACAUUAGACAGUCCACUUUAUAAAUGCUCAGGACUUUUAUAUCUAUCAUCUUAACAGUCCACAACUACAUACAGUAGCUGAAAAUUAUUUCCAAUCAUCCAUUUUUAAUAGCAAUAAAGAAUUCAUAAAUGAUAUCUGAACUGUAGAGCACUGUAAAGAAUUCAUAGCACAAUUUAUUUAUUUGUCUUUUUUGUGGCCAAAUAUCCUACUGUGAUCACUUCAGUCAUAUCCUGGACCAUCUUUGGUUUACUGUGACUAAAAUCAUAGCACCAAACUCCUUUGUCCAUGAGAUUUAUAUAUAAUCUUGUAUAAUUUAGUACUAUCUGCUUCUACCAUCCCAACUUUUUUCAUCAAAGUAUCUAAGAACGUAUUCCCUUUACACGCUGAUCUCCUAGUGGAGAAGGAUUUAUAUUAAAUGCUAAGUAAUAGUAAACUUUCAGGAACUGAAUCCUAUUGGGUCAUGGAUUCUGCAUAGACAAGGGCAAUAAAGCAAUACCUUUGUAAUAUGCA